AAGAGUCCCCGUAACAGGGGCUGUCACUGGGCCAGUCGCCCAGCUCGGAAGUGUCUGAGGCCACCAGCUGCCCCUGGCAUUGAGUCUUGGAGGAGGGCUUAGGAUGGGGCGGGGGUGACUUCAAGCAUGAAGCUAGACCGACUGCCAAGGAAGGCUAGAGAGGCGGAACAAAAAGGCAGAAGGAAGGAAGAAGGGGACCUCUCGGCCCAGGGUGGGAAAUCUCUGAAGAACACUGAAGGAAGCUGCCCACGAAGGCCUUGAACUAUUUGAUCCUCCCAGCAAUAGGGAGCCGCCCGAGCUGUGAGAGUACGGCGGCUGGGUCAGAGCAGGGUCUGGGGGAGAGGGAGAGGCCGGAGAAAGAAAGGCCAGCGAGGACCCGACAGCAGAGCCAAGGUCACUAGAGCGCCGGCGAAACUUGGCAGCUGAUUGGCUCUGGGCAAUGGGGAGAAUGAAAGCGAGGCCGUGGAGGGCUGGAGGAGCCCAGGCACAUUUCAGCAGCACAGAGGGGGCAGCACCCUGCUCAGGGAUGCCAAGGAAGUGACUGCUGGCCGGGGCGGCCCGCAGGAGCCUCGGCCAGUGCCCGAUGGCAGGGUCUCUGAUUCCCAGAGGCAAAUGCAGAGGCGCCACGGACGGCCAGGAAGGCCCCUCGGAGCACAGGACGAGCGGGCAUCAUCAGAGCCGCAGAGCCCGAAGCCAGCUGCCCAAGAGGCCGGGCCGGAGGAGCAGAAAGGCUCCGGGUCUCUUUAAGCCCGCAGGCCGAGCCCCGGCCCCGCCCCGCCCACCUGCUCCGUGACGUCACGAGGAGGCGUGGAUGUGUGAGUGCGAGUUCGGGUUCUGGGGCGCCGCUGCAUGCUCUCACCCUCGCCCUCACGCCGGCUCGAAGAGACAGGGCACCCGCGACCCCGAGGAGCCGCGGCCGGCCGAAGGAAGGAGAAGGAAGUGGCCACCGGCAGGCAGCUUUUGGGGGCGUCCAGACUCUGCAGAGCUUGGCUUCCUCCAGGUUCCCCCCCACCCCGUGUGCACCACACCCUGAAGACAUUUCCGCCAUGUCCUCUGAGCCCACCUCACCCCCGGUAGUGCCGCCUCUGCACUCCCCCAAGUCUCCUGUGUGGCCCACCUUCCCCUUCCAUCGGGAGGGGAGCCGGAUCUGGGACCGCGGCAGCAGCCUCCUGCUCAGAGACCUGCCCAGCCCUCUCCCCACCAAGAGAACCAGGACCUAUUCUGCCACCGCUCGGGCCUCUGCUGGGCCUGUAUUCAAGGGCGUCUGCAAGCAGUUUUCGCGAUCCCAGGGCCAUGGCUUCAUCACGCCCGAGAAUGGCACAGAAGACAUAUUCGUCCACGUGUCCGACAUCGAGGGGGAGUACGUGCCCGUGGAGGGAGACGAGGUGACAUACAAGAUGUGCCCCAUCCCCCCGAAAAACCAGAAGUUCCAGGCCGUGGAGGUGGUCCUGACCCAUCUGGCCCCCCACACCAAGCACGAGACGUGGUCUGGCCAGAUCAUCGGCUCCUAGAGGGCAGCUCCGGGGAGGGGAGGGGAAGCAGGGGGAGCCCUGGCGGGGUUGGGGAAGGAAAAAGCUGGGGGAGAGCCCAGGGGCGCCCCCUCCCAGGCCCGUGUGGCCUUUCGCCCAUGUGUGUAUGUGCUGUCAUUCCCCUGUUCGUACCCCUGUCCAAGCUAUGGGAGACCCAGACCGGGGCAACAGACCCCGAGAGCCCCCCCUCUUGUCCCAGGCCUCCCGGGGCGCCUGCUUCCUGGUCCAGGGAGGCUGUCUGUGCGGCCUCCCCCUCCUCGGAAGGGCCUCCUUGGGCCGGAGGAUCCCCAGUGGGCGCUCGUCAUCCACCCCCCCCAACCAGUUCUGGGCACAUGGCAGGAUCUGCGCCCCUCCCCAGGCCGCCCCACCCUGCCUGGGCCCUGGACUUGGGAGGCUGCUUUUGUGGGCGCUCCCCUCCCCAACCCAGCAUCCCAGGGCCGGGGAGGAGGGGGCGAGAAAACGGGCACGGCGUCCGCCCCGGCCGUGAGCCUCCAUCCCGAGGAGCCCUGCUCGGCACCCAUCUUCACGCGGCCCCCCCAACAUCUCCCAAUGGCCGCCCUUCCCCCCCGGGGCCCCCACCAAUGGACGCAGCCUCUGCAGCGCCGAGCGUGAGCUCGGGGGAGACCGUGCCAGGAAAGGGCCGAAUGGGCCAACAGAGUUGGGGCGCCCCCUCAGGGAAGCCUUCUUCCCGGCCCCCCAAGUGGACCAAGUUGGGGGAGCCCGGGGCCUCGACACAGGGCACAGCGCCUCUCAGUUCACAAAGCCGGGCCUUCUCGCGUCCUUCGGGUCCCGCACAGGGACCCAGGGGUGCUGGCUCCCCCCCGCCCCGUCUGUCCCGUGUCUGGCCCUCGUGUGCGGUUCCCAGCCAGCGGAGCUGGCGUCCACCUCUGUAACUGGCAAUAAACAUUAGGAGUGGC